AGUGCUAACAUUAAUCACUCACAGCAUCACUGGUCCACGCACAAGAGCAUAUAACAGGGAUGCUCAAGCAGUACACUGUCCAAGGGAAGGCAAGCAAGAGAGGGAGAAAAAGACAUUUUUUUUUUCUCCUGUAUAGUCUUUGAAAAGCAAGGCAACAGCAUCUUUAGAAAAGAUGUGCUCUUGAGUGAAUUUCAGUGGAAGAGACAAAGAAACCAUGCCACCAGCAGCAUCGGAGAAAAAAAAACUGAAAUCACCAAGCAAUGAGAAUUCAGUCCAGGGAAUCUGAGGGGAAGAAAAAGCAAACUGGCAAACAGAGAUCAGUCAGGAAAUAAUUCAAAUGGAAAGGGAUACAGAAAACUUGGUGUCUAAAUCAUUUUCACGGCAGCAUCGCCACAUGAAAAUUCUGUUCUGAAAUUUCCUUCAGGAAGUGACGAGCACUACGAUUAAGAUCCACACAACAUUCUCAGUGUCACGGUGUCUCAGUUACCUCCAAAGAACACCUUCCCUUUCCGCAGGGAAGGGAAGCGUCAAGAGAGGAAAAAAAACACACGAGCAACAUCCUGAUGGGAAUAAUCAUCCAAAACAUCACAGGAAACACGGCAAUGGUAAUUUGGCCUAAAAUGGCCAGCUGUGUUGACAGCUUUUACAGCAUCAUGUACCACCCUAACUGGAACAACAUGAUAUCCAGCUACUCGAGAAAAAGCUUUCAGAAGGAAGAGAGGGUGCCCACCAGUCGCUCCUCCUUUGUUGUUGAAAACUUAACUCCGCUAACCACGUACAUCAUGUGCGUGACCUGCCAGUCCGCGAACCCCUCCAGCGACCAGUGCAGAGUGUUUAACACGCUGGAACAAGACCCGGCAUCUGCGAGCAACACCAAGAAAGAGCUGGCACUGGGCAUCUGGCUCACCAGCAGCGUCCUCCUCCUCAUCAUUGCUGCAGUCCUCCUCUACGGCUGCCUGCACCUCCUGUGCUGCAGGAGACACGAGCGCUUGCAAGAACGAAACAGGACCUCUAAACAAGACCACGGGGAGGCAUGGACCAAAAGCGAGGCUCACACCUCGGAGGACUUCAGCAGACAGAGACAACAGAUGCAGGACACUGAGGAAAAGCAUCCAGGUGGCAUCCAGCUGGCCACAAUCAUAGAGAAUCCCUCAGCGUGCAAUGAGCCUGUCAUGUCGGCUUCCAGAAGUCGGGAACGAGUCCCAGUAACGGGACAGUGCUCUGCUAUAAAUUAGAAACCCUUUGGCAGGGAGAAGAUUUUUACUACAUACGAUAUCCCAACUGCUUCCAACACAUCACAUGCAUUGCCAGCGCUCACAACAGGGAGCUCUGACUGCUCACCCCAGCGCUCUCAGCUGUACCUCCAGUGUCACAUCCCUUUCCAACAACCUACGUGCAUCCAAAACUACUAAGAAGCAAAGGUUUACACUUCCAAGAAGUGAGCACUUCAGUUACACCCCACUGUUGAAAAAUGAAGCAUGUAGCAAAUAAUUGGUUUACAUUUCAAGGGGGUUUUUUUGGUUGCUUUUCUUUAGUCUAAAACAGCAAGCAAAUAGAAAAACUAAUCAAAAGUGACCAUGAGAAAUUUUGUGGGGUUUUUUUUGUGGUUU